AUGAUGGACUCCCAGUUGCUUCAAGCAGGCAGCAAUGAGUCGCAGGAUAGCCAGGCCAUCAUUGAGGCCUACAGGGCCGAGUUUGGCGUCGGCACGCUUAGUAGUUCGCCUUCCAAAGUCGUGUCGUCCUCAAAAAUGGGCAUGUCAACCCCGAGACAAAUACCUUCACCCACAAGCGAAGUCGUCGUGCUAUCAUCGGAUCCGAUAACCAAUGAAACAGUAGUAUCCGAGGCCGUUACUUCUCACGACGCGUUAGCAGAUGAGGCGCGCUCAGUUAGACCCGCUCCUAUGAGUGGCGAUCCGUCGCACUGGGACGAAGCAGGGUUGGCACUGACACACCCAAAAAAGCAAUGUACUUCGAAGGCCGGCAUACUAAAAGAAGAUACCCAGGGCCUCGAGAAUCGCGUGAACUUGAGUACUGACAGGGACAAAACUCGAGGCCACGACACUUUCAUUAAACCUCGAGAUUUGAGCGACUUACAGGCGGGCCAUGACAGCGCGAAGCUGCAAGAAGUGCAAAACGAUGCACCCAAGCCUCUGAUCGGGAGUACGAAGCCGCCGAAUAGCGCUGCGGUCGGCGCCUUGCACAAAAUGGACUUUUCUCAGCAAACCCCGACGCAGGUCAAUUUCGACCGUGAUUAUAGCGAAUUCUGCGAUAUUAUACCCUCGAGUCCUGUCAAUGGUGAUACACAAUCUGGAUCUCUCGAGCCCCGGACUCUCCAAGAUGACGACACAGGGGCCGUUAACUUUGCCAACUUAAGCGAGCUGGGUCGACCUUCAUCCCAGGUCUCAGAGGAUGCAGGCUUCGAGAACACUAGAGGUGACUGGAGACAUCCUGAUGGGACAUCGCAGUUGAACAAUGGCCAAACCCCGCACCGCCCCAAUGCGCCGACAUUCGAGACGCCCGCUGUCCCCAAGAACCCGUUUGCUGCGAAACCGAAUAUUGCUGCCCCUCUAGACGGAAGUCAAUUGUUCGGCACGACGCAGUUUUCCUCAGCCGUUAAACACAUUAGCCCAACAUCGUCGCGACCUUCUCCGAAGCUUUUCAACUCGAAAUCAUCGAAUCUUAUAGAGACAUCCCCGUUGAAGAAUAGAGCCAACGUCUCAUCGCCAACCGAUAUCCGUACAUCGAGUCCUCAACGCCUGCACGAGAUACCUGAGACAUCGUUGAGAGAUGAGCAUGGGGACUCUACACGAGCGCAAACGCCACUGGGUACUAGAUCUGCUGGUGGCGACAUGAUACCAGAGUCCCCUUCCUCCUCAGACCCUACACCUCGUGCCCAAGCACCCAGGUCAUCAAGUACUACGGAGCCUAUGUCGCAUUACGAACCAAUGAAGAAAUCACAAGAGAGGAAGAUCAUGGGAUCAAUCGUGAUUUCCCCCAUGAACUCUGAUGACGACUCCGACGACGCAAUCCGACGGAUGGAGAGGCGGAGGAGGAUUGAACGAAAAAAGGCAAAGGCGGCAGAGGAGCUUGGUCGUGUUAGUUUCACGCCAAAGAUCAGGCAAGACCCGACAGAGCAGCCAUCAAGGAAGAAGAGAAAGCUUUCGCCAACUGAAAAUUCGAAACCAAGUCAUGCACAGUCCAAGGCUGGCAACGACCUCAACAAGGGUCAGGAUUUGCCUGCCCUCGUGGAUGAUUCUCAAAAAGGAGUGGUGGCUUCCAACGAAACUCUUCCGGUUGAAUCUACCAAGGCCACCCCUGGGCAUAGCGCUCCCGAGAAUCAGCAGAUUGACCACGAUGGUGACGUCGUGUUGAUGGACGCCGAUAAGGUUGUGGUAGAUGAAGAUAUGAUACCUGCCACCAGUCCAGCGCCAUCCAUACCACCCACAGCACCUAUCGAAUACCCAGAGCCAUCAGAGCCUGAGCUACCCCGGCUCCCCAUGGACGAAGGGGACUUGCCGGAAGGCCCUAACGAUCACUCAGAGCCUUCAUCGUUACCUCCGCCACGUAGACGAACCAACAGGACUUAUGGGCGUGCAGUCCGGCAAAAACGCAAGAAUCCUUUUCUUAGUUCUUCUAACUCGGAUGGUUUGACGGGUGACUUCGAGUCGAAACCGGUGACCAUGUCAUCGCCUUUGCAUAAGGUAGCUGCUGUUUCCAUGAUAGAAGAAGAGUCGGAGCGGGAAUUACAGCCACCCCAGGAGGAGACUGUUAAGGCCGAGAAAAAUCCAGCAGCACGGCGUAAGAAGACGGCCCGCGAUGCUUACGCAGACCUCCCCCCACCGAUGACAACUCGAUCACGACGCAGUGAUAUACCUGAAGCUACUCCAGUGACUCCACUGGCCAGUCGCUCGGCUGGUCGGACACUACCAACAUCAUCGAGCUUGAGUGUUCUAUCAACCACACCAGCACUCUCUUACAAGACCACACCCGGAACGCAAGACUCACCUGGCUCUGAACGACCAGAAUCGGUAACACUUCCAUCUCCAGGAGUUAAUCACAGCUUGCGCAGGCAGCAUGUCCGAUCAGGAACAAAGUCAGAAUCGCCCCAGCAGGGAGGGAAGUUGAGAAGGAUAUCCAAAAGACACCCGCGUCUUGAUUCUGAAUCUACCGAUGAAUUGCACCCUUCACCUGCCGCAAGCGUGCUAGAAAGGAGUAUAGUACACAAAUCUAGUAGGUCCUUCAAACAGAGCUUCGCUUCUGUACAGAAAACAGGACGGCUUUUUGAUGGCAUGGUGUUUGCCCUCUCCUUUUCAACGCAGUUCAAAGCCCAGGAGCGUAAGAAGAUAGAGACGAAAAUUACGCAGUCAGGGGGGACGAUUCUUGCAGACGGAUUUCAAGACAUGUUUGAGCACUCGUCCAUUAUGAACACUAUGAGUCCAGUAAUGGACGAGGAAGACGCUUUGAGGCUUACCAAAUCAAGCUACGAUAGCGGAUUUACAGCACUUAUUGCUGAUAAUCACUCGCGAAAGGUCAAAUACAUGCAGGCAUUAGCACUGGGCCUUCCAUGUUUGGCUCCUCAAUGGAUCACGACUUGCCUCACCAAAGGGGCUAUUGUGGACUGGGAACCCUAUUUGCUUUGUGCAGGCGCAUCUACUGUGCUCGGAAACGCGCUUCGGUCUCGAAUCUUGCCAACAUAUUCAGCAGACGAAGCGAGACUGGCCGAAGUCAUUGAGCAACGACCACGACUUCUGGAUGGGCAACGAGUCCUUGUUGUUGUAGAUUCAAAGAAGUCGCGCAACGAGGCCAAGGAGCCCUAUGUCUUCCUUGCCAGUGUUUUGGGUCCAUCGAUCUCGAGAGUGUUUUCCACACAGCAAGCACGAGAAGUGUUGCUGGAACACCAGAAAGCAGGAAACCCGUUUGACUGGCUAUAUCUUGAUAAAGGUACCGGAACAGUGGAGGCGGUUCUCGCGCCUGCGGAAAUAACAGGCAAUAAAAAGCGUCGGAAGUCGACAGCAGCUCAGGCCAAGCUUGACAAUAUCCGUGUCUUGGAUGACGAGCUUGUGAUCCAGAGCUUGAUUCUGGGUCGCAUGGUGGAAGCAGAUGAAAUGUAUACAUAA